AUGCUGCUGGAUGCAGACUCUGUGGAGCAGACUCUUGACGACAGCUUGCAUUGGCUGGGGCAGCUCCUCCCGACGCCACCUACGAUCAACUUCCCUUGGCUGGACGAGUUGACGGCCACGGCAAAGGCGAAGAAGGACGGCGUGACUCAGUUCUACGAGUCGCGUAUCGCGCAGGGAUUUUACUCUGCAGCUCAGGCGGCUGGGGUGGGCGAUCUCACACCGGGCGGCUUUGCGGUAAAAUGGGAAGAGCUUGCCAUCAUUGGCGACGGCGGCGUGCGGCUCAAGGCGGUGGUGGCGUAUCCCAAGGCUGGGGCGGCGGAGGCGGCACGCUUUCCGGUCGUCGUCCUCUGCAACUCGUGGGUGAUGAACUGGUGGGAGUACGCUAUGAAGCAGCAGGAGUGGGCGUCGGCCGGAUAUGUCGUCCUCAUGUACGUCGCGAGAGGGUGGUGGGACUCGGAAGGGUCGGUGACGGCCGCCGGCGAACCUGAGCAGCGCGAUGCUGUCCGAGUGCUCGAUACGCUCGAAGCGCGCGCCGCAGAUUGGGGCGCAGACACGAGCCGUAUUGCGACCUGCGGCGUCUCGUAUGGCGGCGGGUUGGCUGCGCUCACAGCGGCCAACGACGCGAGAGUCAAGGCCGUCAUCUGCCUCUCGGCCUGGGGGAACAUCCAGCGGGCGCUUGAUGGACAGGCGGCCCCUAAUUUGGUUUGGUACGAUCCCAUCACCCUAGCCCACCAGCCUCUCGGGACGUACCUAAUCAAACGAGAGGGUGGUGGCGGCCGCAGGUACGAGUUUCUCAAGUUGACCGGCUCGCCGUGGCUGGGCAUGGGUAACCUCGAUCCCUCCGUCCCGCCCAUCUUUGCUGAGAUCAUGGCGGGGAACCUCACCCUGCCCCUGCUCGAGUGGGCGCGAUUGAGAAGCCCGGAGUCGCACCUCCACGCGCUGUGUGGUGGCGGCCGCGCCACGCCCGUCUUCCUCUCCAACAACGCGGAGGACCGGCUCUUCGCGCCUGACGGCGCAUUCAUCUACAGGCAAGCGCUGCAAGGUGCCGGCUGCCGCGUCGAGUUGAUGCUCCACGAGGGGAUCCACGCCAUGGCAGAGAUUCCGGGCAUGCUCGGCCUCUCGGACUCGAUCGCCGUCUCCUUGCCGCUCUGGGGACGCGUCUUUGCUUUCCUCCAGUACCAUCUGAAGGCCCCGUCCACCGGCGUAGCCACCACCACGGCAAGCGGCGCUGCUCCCGCCGCAUUCUCAAGGGUCUAUCUCGACUACUACCCAACUUCCCAUCCUUGCUUCGGCGCUGCCAGCCGUGACAUUGACAUUCCCGCGGAGACGUGGCGGGCCGGCAGUCCACUGAUCCCCGUCUCGUUUCAGGUCCGGGAGCCCCGUGCCUCUGUCUACACCAACAAUGAGCCCAGCUAUGAGGAGUUCGAGUCCUGGCCGAGUGCGCGCGUCCUGCCCACCGCGUAUAAGCUCGCUGGCUCGCACCUGGUGCUUGGAUUAGAGUCUGAGGCUUGCGGCGUGGAGGUCUCGUUGAUGGGCGGCAAGUGCCAGCGCCAUCUCGCAUUUGGCGUACAGACCGGCUUCCACGUGGGGGUGCCAGUCGUUGGGCCCUUCAUCGCUGCGGGGUGGGGCAACAAAAUAUACUCUCGCGUGGAGGACAUCAACACGACCGCCGCGGGGCUUUGGGAGUCCGAGGUGCUCGAGGCACCGCUGCGCCUGUGCGGCAUCCCAAACGCGACCAUCCACGUCACGCCCAGCAUGAAGCGCUUCCAGCUUGCCGCGUUCCUUUUUUCCGUGGACAAGAAAGAGGGCUUGCUCGACCUGCUCACCUUUGCUGGCCGAGGCGUGUGGGAGCGAGGCGCCGACCCUGCGUGGGCGCAGCCCGGCGAGGUCAGCUGGACGUGGCAGGCGGACGCUGAUGGUGGCGGACCGCUCACCGUUCGAAUGCCCGCAAUCUGCACGGACGUGCCUGCUGGCCGCGCGAUUGGCCUUGGCCUUAGCUUGCAUCACCAGACGUUCCAGCCCGCGAACGCGGACGUUGCGUUGCGCGUGGCGCUCGAUUGCAACGGGGGAGACAGCGUGCUCGAGCUUCCUGUUGUGACCAGUCCAUGA